CCCGGCGGCGGCCUGCGGCCCAACGGGCAGACCAAGCCGCUGCCCGCGCUGAAGCUGGCGCUGGAGUACAUCGUGCCGUGCAUGAACAAGCACGGCAUCUGCGUGGUGGACGACUUCCUGGGCAGGGAGACCGGGCAGCAGAUCGGCGACGAGGUGCGCGCACUGCACGACACCGGCAAGUUCACGGACGGGCAGCUGGUCAGUCAGAAGAGCGACUCGUCCAAGGACAUCCGGGGUGACAAGAUCACCUGGAUCGAGGGCAAGGAGCCCGGCUGCGAGACCAUUGGGCUGCUCAUGAGCAGCAUGGACGACCUGAUCCGCCACUGCAAUGGCAAGCUGGGCAACUACAAGAUCAAUGGCCGGACGAAAGCCAUGGUUGCUUGUUACCCCGGCAAUGGGACAGGUUACGUGCGGCACGUUGAUAACCCAAACGGAGAUGGAAGAUGUGUGACGUGCAUAUACUAUCUGAAUAAAGACUGGGACGCCAAGGUAAGUGGAGGGAUACUUCGAAUUUUUCCAGAAGGCAAAGCCCAGUUUGCUGACAUUGAACCCAAAUUUGAUAGACUGCUGUUUUUCUGGUCUGACCGUCGCAACCCUCAUGAAGUACAACCAGCAUAUGCUACAAGGUACGCAAUAACUGUUUGGUAUUUUGAUGCAGAUGAGCGAGCUCGAGCUAAAGUAAAAUAUCUAACAGGUGAAAAGGGCGUGCGCGUUGAGCUCAACAAGCCCUCCGACCCCGUUGGCAAGGACGUCUAGGCCGCCCUUGGCCAGCAGCACCCUUGUCACCACGCCGUUCCAGACGAGUGGAAGGGGAGGAUCGCAGACACACAGACAUGCGGCAGACACACAGCGGGCCCGCCCAGGACAAGCAGCUCCCCUGAGCUUCGUGGGGCAGGAGCCUUUGCUGAUCUGAACUUGCGCCUGCCACUGCCACCACAGGAAGCGCUCCAGGACUGUCGCUUCCCCACCUGACGCGAACAAGUGCCCUACGUGGAAUUUUCAUUCUUAUAUUUUGCCAGAUCUGUCAUCUAGCUGAGUUCAUUUCAUCUCUCUCUUUUUUAUAUCAAGUUUGAAUUUGGGGUAAUUUUUGUAUGAUUAGGUACAAUUUAUCAAAACUGAAAUGAGAAAAAAAAUUACAGUAUUAUUCCUCAAAAUAACAUCAAUCUAUUUUUGUAAACCUCUUCGUACUAUUAAAUUUUGCCCUAAAAGGUCUCUCACGAUGAUUGUCCAGUGGCUGAGAGUCGGUUUCUUUGGUCUGGAAACAAGGGAAGGAGCACUGUAGUUGCAGCCGGAAGCCCAGACUGCCUUCUUGCCCCGCCGUACACUGAUCUGAACUCGGAGACCUUGCUGUGGUGCAAGUGCUGUCGACACUGUCCAUGUGAAACCUGACCGUGAAGCGAUUGCCAGUGACUAUCAAGUAACCUUGAGUCCCUGUCUUACCAGAAAAAGUGCACAAUAGGAAGGGUUUAUCUUUUCACUUAAUUUUUUUCAGAAACAAAAGUGACUGGCACUAAAGGACUUGAGGGUGUCCCGAGCUUCAGGUUCCCAAGAUAAAGGGCUCUCUUCUGCUCUCAGGCAUGUCCUGUAAUCCUAGAUGACGUAAUCCCAUUUCUCCCUGGCCUCUCCUCAAAUUUACUGUUGCAUUUCUCCCUGGCACUAGGGCCCAUCUGACCUGCAGAUGAGAACCUGAUUCUGCUGAAGAGCACCAGGGGGGAUAAGGAUGCGUUCAGGUGGACAAGGGUGGCUACAGACUCCGCCCACUGGCUGCCCUGCCCAGCCGUGAGGCAUUCCCCAAAUGUCUUGGCCUCCUUACCAGCCCUGAAAGAUUAGCUUAGAAAAGCAGAGAACACAAAAUCAGAUAUUUUUACGUUUCAUGGAUUUUCUUUUUUACUUUUUAGAAAAAGAGGGAUUAUUACAAGAUCACACAAGCUUCCCAAACCUCUUAAAGACUGCAUUGGGAUGGGUGUCAUAUGCGUCACUUCCCUGGUCUUAAGCAAAGCCCAAAGGAUGGUAUCCCUAUUUUGCAUGAAUUAGGUGUAAGACCUUGCACCCUUGGGUUUUCUAUCUCUGUCCUUGAUUUUCUUUGCCAAAAUACAAGUAUACAGAAAUAUUUCUGUAUAUUUCAACCUAUGACAAUUUUAGCAUCUAUAUAGUUUGUAUUCAAUUAGAGACCUUUUCUAUGGAAAGCUCAGUAAUUUUUAUUAAAAGAUUACUAUCGUUCAUGUAAAACAUGAAAAAAAUUGAGAGAAACUGACAGUGUGAACUGGGGGGACCAGAUGCUCAGAGCUGUGACUUCACGCAGCAGGACUCGUGGGAGAAAGGGUGGUGCUUUCCUCUCCCAGGCUCAGUCCUUUCCUGCCUUCUCCUCUACUCCAGAUGAUCAACGGCGCCUCUCCAGCAAGUGCCCAUGCCGGCCUGGAUGUCCGAGUCUUGGCAUCCAGCCUGCAGCACCCCUCUCCACCUCUGGCCCGGCUUACAAGCUCUGUUAUGCAGCGUUGGCAGGAACUGCUCUGUGUUGGUGGAAGGCUUGUUGGAUCCUCAAGACGUACAGCAAUAGCCUUUUAAUUUGGGAGCACUGUUGUCCUUCAGAUGGAUACCUCUGCAGGUGUACAAAGUAUCAGAUUCUACUGUCUAUGGGUUGUGCUUACCAGACAGGUCUUAAAUUGUAUAUUUUUUGGAGAGGUUUAUAUACUUUCUUGGUGAUACAUUGUGAAAAGAUCAAGAAAUCAGCAUAGCCAUUUCUUUAAUAUCCAUUUAAAAUCUAUUCAUUUCAUGUUAGUGGGACUGUUAACCUGUCACUAAGUAGAACUCUAUUUAAAAUUCUUUGUGGCCUAUAUGUGUUAAUUCUGGUUAAAGAUAAAGCUUCAAAAUGCUGUUUUUUCAACACAUUAACCAGCUGUAAAACACAGACCUUUAGCAAUAGCAGGCAAAGAAUUUCAGGAUAGACUACAAAGUCAUGUAAUUUGAAAAGCAGUGUUUCAUUAUGAAGAACGCUGGAGUUGCUUGUAAAGCUAAUCUAAUUAAAAAGAUGUAUAAAUGUUCUUGAAAAAGA